UGCAGAGCCCUCCCCAUGGCUGAGCUGCCCCUGCUGCCUUGGGCACCCCCGUGGGCCAGGGUGGUGCCCAAGACUCACCUGUGCCCCCAGUUGAGUGGCAGAGCCGAGGACCUGGCCCCAGAGUGCUCAAGGCUCCUGGUGGUGCCCGCUAUUCACAUAACGCCAUCCAGUGAUGGGGAGUCCUCCCCCUGCACCCCGACCCCCAGGCGCCUGCAGCUGCUGAGGAUCCCGGACCUGGAAAGUCCACCCCAGGACAGCACCACCCCCCACUCUGGCCGGAGCACCCCAAGCAGCUCCCCAUCUCUCCGUAAACGGCUGCAGCUCUUGCCCCCAAGCCGACCCCUGCCCGAGCCAGAACCGGGCACCAUGGUGGAGAAGGGGUCAGAUAGCUCCUCAGAGAAGGGUGGGAUGCCCGGGACACCCAGCACCCAGAGCCUGGGCGGCCGGAACUUCAUCCGCAACAGCAAGAAGAUGCAGAGCUGGUACAGUAUGCUGAGCCCUACGUACAAACAGCGGAACGAAGACUUCCGGAAACUGUUCAGCAAACUCCCUGAAGCCGAGCGCCUCAUUGUGGAUUACUCCUGUGCCUUGCAGCGCGAGAUCCUCCUCCAGGGCCGCCUCUAUCUCUCUGAGAACUGGAUCUGCUUCUACAGCAACAUCUUCCGCUGGGAGACAACAAUUUCCAUCCAGUUGAAGGAAGUGACGUGUCUGAAGAAGGAAAAGACGGCCAAGCUGAUCCCCAACGCCAUCCAGAUAUGCACCGAGAGCGAGAAGCAUUUCUUCACUUCCUUUGGGGCCCGGGACCGCUGCUUCCUGCUCAUCUUCCGCCUCUGGCAGAAUGCACUGCUUGAAAAGACGCUGAGUCCCCGUGAGCUCUGGCACCUGGUGCAUCAAUGCUAUGGCUCAGAGCUGGGCCUCACCAGCGAGGACGAGGACUAUGUCUGCCCCUUGCAGCUGAAUGGUCUGGGGAGUGCCAAGGAAGUGGACGAUGUGAUUGCACUGAGUGAUAUCACCCCCUCAGGGGCAGCCGACCACAGCCAGGAGCCGAGCCCAGUGGGGUCGCGCCGUGGCCGCAUCACCCCCAACCUUUCCCGGGCCAGCAGUGAUGUGGACCACGGGGCAGAGGAGGACAAGGAGGAGCAGCCAGCCAGCCAGCCAGAUGCCUCCUCCAGCCAGACAGUGACCCCAGUGGCUGAACCCCCAAGCACAGAACCCACCCCGCCUGAUGGGCCCACCUCUCUGGGCCCCUUGAACCUGCUGCCCAGUGAGGAGCUAUUGACGGACACAAGUAAUUCCUCCUCGUCCACGGGGGAGGAAGCUGACCUGGCUGCCCUGCUCCCUGACCUCUCCGGCCGUCUCCUCAUCAACGCCGUCUUCCAUGUGGGCGCCGAGCGGCUCCAGCAGAUGCUCUUCUCGGACUCGCCUUUCCUGCAGGGCUUCCUGCAGCAGUGCAAGUUCACAGAUGUGACCUUGAGCCCCUGGAGCGGGGACAGCAAAUGCCACCAACGCCGAGUGCUGACAUACACCAUUCCCAUCAGCAACCCAUUGGGCCCCAAGAGCGCCUCCGUGGUGGAGACUCAGACACUGUCCCGGUGCGGACCACAGGCAGGCGGGUGUGUGGUGGACUCGGAGGUGCUGACACAGGGCAUCCCUUACCAGGACUACUUCUACACAGCCCACCGCUACUGCAUCCUGGCCCUUGCCCGGAACAAGGCCCGUCUCCGCGUGUCUUCUGAGAUCCGCUACCGGAAGCAGCCCUGGAGCCUCGUGAAGUCUCUCAUCGAGAAGAACUCGUGGAGUGGCAUCGAAGACUACUUCCACCACCUGGAGCGAGAGCUUGCCGAGGCCGAGAAGCUGGAGGACGGCGGGAAGGAUGCUCGCGGAUCUCUGUCUGGCCUGCGGAGGCGGAAGCGGCCCCUUAGCUGGAGGGGUCAUGGUGACGGGCCCCAGCAUCCAGACGCUGACCCCUGUGCCCGGGCUGGCAUGCACACCUCAGGCUCCCUCAGCUCCCGCUUCUCGGAACCGUCCAUGGACCAGAGCCCUGGGGCCGGCGUCCCCAGUGCCCUGGUUCUGAUCAGCAUUGUCCUCAUCAUCCUCAUCGCCCUCAACGUCCUUCUCUUUUACCGCCUCUGGUCCCUGGAGAGGACGGCCCACACCUUUGAAUCGUGGCACAGUCUGGCCCUGGCCAAGGGCAAGUUCCCCCAGACGGCCACGGAGUGGGCAGAGAUCCUGGCCCUGCAGAAGCAGUUCCACAGCGUCGAGGUACACAAGUGGAGGCAGAUCCUGCGGGCUUCUGUGGAGCUCCUGGAUGAGAUGAAGUUCUCACUGGAGAAGCUGCAUCAAGGCAUCAGCAUCUCAGACUCUUCCUUUGACUCCCAGCCACGGCCCGAUGACAGCUUUUCCUGAGGACAUCUAGCCAUGUGGCUGUUCCCCCAAAUGGGCAGAUGGACCCAGAACCUCAGCGACCACUGCUGGCACAGUGUGAGCGCCGGGAGCCUCCCGCCCACCCCUCCAAGUGGCCUGGCCAGGGACCACACAGACAUGGGGACCACAGAACCAAGAUGCACUUUAGAUCAGCGUGUGCGAGUCCAGCAGCCAUUGCCUGCCCAGCCAGGGAGCUGGCCUGGCCUUUGGCAGGCCCACACCUUCCCCGCUAACUUAUUUUGCCCAGCUGGGUUUGUGGGGGGUGCCUCUGGGGUGCACGAUUCCCUCAGCUCUGGGUUUAAUGUAUUAUAUUUAUUUCGGGCUGACAAAGCCCCAAUAAAGGGUUGGAACCGGC